ACUGCUCCAUCGUGCUACUUAGUACAACGUACUAUACCAAUUACCACUAGAGAAUACACAGCACGUCAGGUUGACGCCAAUGGAGUCGGGGGGAAAAGCACCUUCCGGGCCGCCAAAGGACAAGGAGGCAAACGCAAAACCGGCGGUGGUGCAGCAGCACCCCAAGCUGCUGAUGGCCGCCCGAAAGGGCCACUGGACACCGCUAAAUGUUCUUAUGGGCAAUAGCGGUGCCGGCGCCACUCCGCCGGCGGUUCAUGCUGUCCCGCCCGGAGGCCUCAUCAACAUCGUCAUCGAUGACGAGCAGGCCGACGUCGUUGAUAAUUCUGCAAUGACGAUCACCUUGGACGUGGAGCUGAACAACGUCCUCCAUGUCGUGGCGUCCAGUGGAGACGGUGACGAGUUCCUGGAGAGCGCGAGGGGCAUCUACUGCACGGCCAAGCACCUCCUGGACGCACGCAACAAGAAGGGCGACACGCCCUUCCAUUGCGCUGCUAGAGCUGGGAUGCUGAAAAUGGUCACUCACCUCAUCUGUCUGGCGAAAGCUGAGGGCGGCGACGACAGGGUGAAGGCAGCACUGAGGAAGCAGAACGAGCAGGGGGAGACGGCUCUCCAUGCGGCCCUCCGCUUGUCGGACAAGGAGACAGUUCGGGCAAUGGUCCAUGAGUUAUGGGUCGCGGAUCCAAAACUGACUCGUUUCCCUCUUGCAAGCGGCACGUCGCCACUGUACCUGGCCGUCUCGUUAGGGCGUGAGGAUAUUGCCGAGGGACUGCAUGAGCAGGACCCGGGGCUCUCCAACUCUGGACCAAAUGGACAAAACGUCUUGCAUGUUGCCGUUCUCAGGAGCACAAGUAUGACAAAAAAUCUUCUGAAAUGGAACAAUCACCUCAGCAAACAAGGGGAACAAACAAAUGAGAGCACACCUCUACAUUUGGCAGCCUCAUGUGGGUUUCUUGAAACAGUAAAGUGUCUACUAGACGCUGAGGAAUCUCUUGCAUAUCAGUGCGACGACAAGGGGUCAUUCCCCAUACAUGAGGCGGUUAAGGAAAAGCAAGUCAGUGUAGUUUGCACCUUGCUCAAAAUUUGCCCGGACUGCGCCCAGCUACGUGAUGCCGAGGGCAAGACCUUCCUCCAUGUAGCUGCCAAACAAGGCUACGCAAAACUAUUUCCUCCUGUUUUACAGGUUUUAUUACAAGAAAAGCAGAUGUUUGCAGCCAUCAUGAAUAUGCAGGAUGAUGAUGGCAACACUGGGUUGCACCUUGCUGUCGAGGCCGGAAUUUUAGAAACGGUGUGCUUUUUACUGUGGGACAAGGAAGUUAUGUUAAAUUUAUCAAAUAACGAGAGGGAAACUGCACUGGAUCUUUCACAGCGCAUGCGGACCCCAGGUGUCCUUUUUGGUUUGGUAUGUGAUCUAACUCCCUUAAUGAUGGGACCUGCAUUACUUUAUAGUAUGCCUAUGUUAUUUAAUUGAAAUUUUAUAUUAGAAUAAUAAUAAUCAUAGCAAAUAUAGUUACACUAUUUCAAUAGAUUUUGUAUAUAAAUAGUCGUUGUUAGAAAAGUUUGAGUGCAUGAAUCUAAGAAGUUAUAUAUAUUUCAGAAUGGAAUCAUAUAAAAGGCAAUUUAUUUUAUGUAGUUAAUUUUAUCAUAGCUUUUUUUGGCUAAAGAUGCCUAAUCCUAAGACUUUAGUCAUACGUUUAAUGUAAACUCCAUCUUUAACAAAUGAGUCUUACUGAUUGCCACCCCGCUAUAGAUCUCACCCCCAUUGGUAGGAGGAGCCCCUCCGUAUCCAUUGGUAGAAAUUAAAGGACCACCUGGCAACUUUGGGCAUUGCUACUCGCUCCUUUUAGUUUUUUUGUCUCUAAGAAAAAACUUGUGGUGCUUUGUGAUCACUACGUUCACGUAAAGGAGACCUUGGACAAGUCGUCUAUUGUUCUUCUCCUAGCUCUUCUAGAUGAUAUUCUCUCGGUAAACUAAUAUAAGAAGUCAUAUAAAAUAUGUAAACUAAUAUAAGACAUUUUAGAUCACUUAUUGUCUCUAGAAAAAAAACUUGUGGUGCUUUGUGACCACUACGUUCACAUAGGGCGUGUUUGGUUGCCUGGGUGCAUCUGUCAUGUAUUGCAUGAAGGAGCUUGGCUGGGGCUGGCCUGGUUUAGCUCAUGCAAAAAUGGGUUGAAAUGUGUGUUUGGUGUACUGCAUGAGACGAGACAGGCUCAGCUCAGAUUUUGUUUGGUUUGUUGCAUGUGUGGUUGCAUGAGAGAUGCAGGAUACAACAUAUGUUGUUUGGUAGGUUGUAUGAUGUGAAAUUUGACUCUAGGGUGCUUGUUCAUGUAUGUAAAAUAAUUAGAAUAUAAUUUUAGUGACAUGCACUCCAGACUAGAUAUCUUUGCUGAUUGAAGUAAUAAAAGAAUAUAUAUUCACAUGUCUUCAAAAUUGCAGAGAUGAUUUAAGUAAGAAAAACAAAAAUUUAGCAACAUGUUUGCUAUUUGUACAAGUAUAUAAGCAGUUUAUAUACACAUAAGCAAUUGAUGGCACAAAAUAGCUAAAGAAAUGCAUCAUGAUAAUAGAGAGUGCACAUAAAUCAGGUAUCCAGUGCAAGUACACCUUAAGAGUCCACAUAUUUUAGAGCCACAAAUUCAUAUGAUCCAUAUUACAGUCCAACACAUCCUAGAGUUCACAUAUUAGAUAGCCACAAAUUCAUAUUGUCCACAUUACAGUCCAACAAAGGAACAUAACAUAGGGUCCAUGUUACAUUCCUUCGCAUAUAUAUAUAGGGGCAUGGUUUUUCUGACCAAAUACAAUAAAAUAUGGUCAGCUUCGUUAGGUGAAUUAGCACAUAUUUGCUCACACUCCACCCUUGGGCACUUCAUCGCUAGUCACAGGCACUCCAUCCUUUGGCAGUCCAUCCUUGGGCACGGGCACUCCACCGUUGACCUUGGAGAGGUGGUGCAUGACCCAGCGAGUGCGACGAGUCUCCGACAUUUGCACGAAUGAGUGACUCCUAGCCCUGUUGGCAUUCUCGUUGAGAUAAUCCAAGACAAUCAACAGAUCAUCCUCGGUAAAACCAGGGAGCUCCAUGACAGCAUCAUAAAGUUCAGGAUGUGCCUCUCCAAUGGACUUGAUAGCAAUAGCAACUUCACGGAAAGCUUCGGACAUGUUGCUCAUGACCAAAACUUCUUCUUCACUCAUCAAGCUAGCCCUUUUCCUUUUGCCAGUGGAGCUAGAAGCAUCCUUACAUGGUUCCUUCCCAUGAGCAGCAGCAGCUUCCCCAUGAGCAGCAGCAGUGUCACUCAAUCCAGGUUCAUUCCCAUCAACAACAAAUUCAGAACCACAAGCUUCAAGGUUUACAAAUGAGGAGGAGGUUCCCACCAUUGAAGGAACCCCAAAAGCCUUGGACAAGUCGCCUACUGUUCUUCUCCUAGCUCUUCUAGAUGCUAUUCUCUCUGUAAACUAAUAUAAGAAGUGAUAUAAAAUAUGUAAACUAAUAUAAGACAUUUUAGAUCACUUACUAGAACAAUGAACGUGCGUUACAACGAGAUAUAAAAUAUUUGUGUUAGCUUUUGAUUUAACUGUUCAUAAUAAUGUGAUUGUGUAAAUAAAUGUUUACCAAAUUCUGCCCAUAAAUUACCUUAUAUUUUGAUCAGAAGUUUGGUAAGUAAAUUAAAGUGAAAUUGGUUCAGAAGGUAAAUAAAUUAAGUUGAUUCAUUAUCAUAAAGGGAAUGUUG